AUGGCCCUGUUACGUACAGCUCUGCUGCCUCUGGCACUCCUCCCAGCCGUUCUGGCUGCACCUGCACCUGCACCGGUCGAUCCCGCCCAUCCCAUGAUCACACCCCCGCCGACGCGUGUGAAAAGAGAGCCUAGCUUGACGGACGAUAUCGACAGCUACGUCCACAGUAUUCUCGGCGAUGCUUCCUCCUGGGUUGCUUCUGGCAUUCCUGCAUUCUUCCAGGGCUUCCCAACUGGCACCGCGGUCCUCAGUACUCUUGGUAUCAGCGAUGGUGACCUGGAUGCAAAGCCUACCCAGAUCUUGAAUUUGCCGGCCUACGGAAACUGGACCGACGAAGGAUGGAAUGUCCGCAUUCACGGCAACGUCUUCAAACAGCCCAAUAUUAGCCAGUCCAAGGUCGAUGACUUGGCCAACGUUUUCCUCAUCGAUGUCGACAUCAAAGAUCUGCCUGCCGACCAACAAGCCCAGGCACGCAAUGUCACCGAGUCCAUUUUCGUCGUCCAACAAGAUGACCAAAACGUGACGAUGAACUUCGUCAACGACGUCUCCGUGAGACCUGGUGCCAGCGGAGGCGCCAUCAAUGCUCGGGGCGGGGCACAAUCGAUCAACUUGCCCUACCUGACAACGGCCGAAGGUGACUUUGACGCGUUUGUCAAGUUGCGCAACACCACAGGCUCGACUGGGGGCCAUAUGCUGCCAGGCAAUGAGACGGCAUCGAUCCAGACUCUCAACAUGUACGCUAACGGCACGUUGACGGGCAACGCGACAGCGUAUCUCGUUCCUCCUACGGGUUUCACCAUCAUCUCCGACAUUGACGACAUUCUCCGCGUCACAAAGAUCUACGAGCCCAAAGAGGGCCUGCUCAACUCCUUUGCGCGCCCCUUUACGCAGUGGGAGAAUAUGCCCCAGAUUUACGCCAACUGGUCGGCGUCCAUCCCCGACUUCCACUUCCACUACUUGACCACGACCCCUGAGCAGGUCACCCGCAACUACAUGGAGUUCAUCUACAAGACGUAUCCCCUGGGCAGCUUCGACACUCGUCCCCUCAACUUCUCUGACAUCUCAGCGACGCUGUCCAUCCGAAGAUUCCUGCUCGACAAGAUCUUCCAGACUUUCCCGCAGCGAAAGUUCGUGCUGGUAGCCGACACCACCAAUUCCGAUGUCAUGAAGGCGUAUCCCGCGUUGUACAAGGACUACCCGGGCCAAGUCCAGUGCAUCUUCUUGCGAAACACCAGUGCCACCGACUCUGGCAACAAGUUUCCGUACAACACCGAGGGCUUCAAAGAUAUCCCUCAGAACAACUACAUGUUCUUCAGAGUACCGGAUGACUUGACAAAUUUGGAUAUUGUUAAUGGGCAGUGUUAUAAUGCCACCAUCCCGCAGAACGUCACCUUCAAGACACAGGGCUUGCCGUUUGGGCUGGGCAACGCAGCUGGAUCUCUGGCGCCACCGAGCACUUGGGCGGUGGCCGUUGUCAUGUUUGGUAUGAGUUUGGCUGCCUUGUUGUAG